AUGGCACCGAACCCCUUCACAGCGGAGAACGUGGCGGCCCAGAAGGCCAAGUACGCCGAGGCUGGUCAAGGCCAAGUUCACGCCUUCUACGACUCUCUGUCAGAUGCCGACAAGGAAUCCCUCUACCUGCAACUGGAAGGCUUCGACCCCAAGAAGAUCAACGAGUACGCCGAAGCAGCUCUCAACCCACCCAAAACAGACGACAAGGCUGCCUCUGUCGAACCCCUCCCAGAAUCCGCUACCGCGAGUAUCCUCGAUUCGAAGCAGGAAGAUCUCGACAGAUGGUACAACUAUGGACUGGAGUUGAUCGCUCAGAACAAGGUGGCCGUAGUUCUCAUGGCCGGUGGCCAGGGAACCCGACUGGGAAGCAAUGCUCCCAAGGGAUGCUUCGACAUCGGGCUGCCAUCUGGCAAGUCCCUAUUCCAGAUUCAAGCCGAACGCAUCCUGAAGGUUCAGGAGUUGGCACAGAAGAAGGCCUCGUCCGGUUCUGAGGUUACGACGCCGUGGUAUGUCAUGACAAGCGGGCCGACCCGGGGACCGACGGAGAAGUUCUUCCAAGCUCAGUCGCUGGGUGACCUCCUGCCCAACGAGACCGAACAAGACAGACAAAAGCGCGGGUCGUACUUCGGCUUGAAACAGGAGAACGUCAUCAUCUUCGAGCAGGGCGUGCUUCCUUGCAUCUCCAACGAGGGCAAGAUCAUGCUUGAGAGUAAGGGCAAGGUGGCUGUUGCCCCUGACGGCAACGGUGGUAUCUACAAGGCCCUUCGCGAGGCGGAAAUUGUAACGGCCGGUGGGAAGACAACCACAGUCCUCAAGGAUAUGGCGAGCCGCGGUGUCGAGCACAUCCAUGCCUACUGCGUGGACAACUGCCUUGCUAAGGUGGCUGACCCCAUCUUCAUCGGUUUCUCCGCAGAGAAGAAGGCCCAGAUAUCGACCAAAGUUGUCCGAAAGCGUGACUCAACCGAGUCGGUCGGUCUCAUUCUGCUCAAGAACGGCAAGCCGGACGUGGUCGAGUACUCCGAGAUCGACCAGGCGACCGCCGAGGCCAAGGACCCCAAGCAGCCCGACGUGCUUAAGUUCCGUGCAGCCAACAUCGUCAACCACUACUACUCGUUCGAUUUCCUGAACCAGUCAUUCGAACUGCCCCACCACGUCGCGAGGAAGAAGAUCCCCUGCGUUGAUGUCGAGACGGGCAACUCCGUGAAGCCAGAGAAGCCCAAUGGCAUCAAGCUGGAGCAGUUCGUCUUCGACGUCUUCCCCCAACUUGCGCUGGAACAGUUUGCGUGUCUGGAAGUCAAGCGCGAGGACGAGUUCUCGCCCCUGAAGAACAAGGCCCCUGAAGAGGGUCUGGGCGAGGACAAUGCCAAGACCAGUCGACGCGACAUUAAGUUUCAAGGCAAGAAGUGGUUGGUGGAAAAGGCCGGCGCAACGGUCAAGAGUGAGGACGGUGUCGAGAUUUCGCCUUUAACGAGCUAUGCAGGGGAGGGCCUGGAUGGCUACAAGGGCAAAGAGAUUACGGAAAAUAAAAUUUAG